AGUGAAGUAAGCAGAAUUUGGUUGUUGGUAAAAAAAAAAUUAUUUACAUAAACAUAGCAAAUAAACCUGGAUAAGAUGAAUCAAGCGUCAUCCGUUUUUGGAAUUCAAAGCACAGCGGGAGCUGUACCUGUAAAAAAUGAAAAAGGCGAAAUUUCUAUGAAAAAAGUAAAGGUUAGUCGAUAUAUAUCAGGCAAACGACCUGAGUACGCUCAGUAUGAAAGUUCCGAUGAAGAAAGCACAGAAGACGAUUUCCUUCAUACUAAUCGCAAUCGAAUUGAAGAUAUUGAUACACAAGUCUCUAACCUUGAACCAGCAGGAGAAGAUGAUUAUUCUGAUCCACGGUUAAAACGUUUAAUAGAGUGCACGAAAUACGAUGGAAACGAGAAACGUAGAUACCGAACUGUUCAUGAGCCAGAAGUAUUACAAGAAAGCGAUGAGUUGAGUAAUUCUUCUGAACAGCAAAAUCAUAGAACGCGGCGUAUAUCACUAGAACAAAGCGAAACGGAUUCUAACGAAGAUUUGAGUGAUUCUGAGAUAGAACGAAGACGACAAAAGCUAAGAGAAAAGGCACUUCAGAAGAAGCAAGAUGAGGAACUUCUAGCAAAAGAGGAGGAAAAGCAGAGUGAUAUAUCGGAUUUAGACAGCUCUGAAUAUGAAACUGAUGAUGAAAGUGAAGGCGAAAAUGAGCCUCGAUUAAAACCAUUAUUUGUUCGCAAAAGGGAUAGAGCAACUGUUAUCGAAAAAGAACGCGAAAUAGACCAGCAAAAACAACAAGAAUACGAAGCAAGACGUCUUUUGAAGGAACGUAGAAGACAAACUCUUCGUUUAGUUGAAGAGAGCGUCAAAAAAGAACUUGAGCAACUUAAGGCUGAAAAAGAACCAAAUAUUGGAGACGUUAACACCGAUGAUGAGAAUGAUGAAAUCGAAUAUGAAGCUUGGAAAUUGCGUGAAUUAAAACGAAUCAAACGUGAUCGGGAAGAAAAAGAACAAUUAGAAAAAGAAAAGGUAGACAUAGAACGGUUGCGAAACAUGACUGAGGAAGAACGUCGACAAGAGCUUCGUUUGAAUCCAAAACUGAUAACAAAUAAAGCUGUAAAGGGCAAGUAUAAGUUUUUGCAGAAAUACUACCAUAGAGGAGCAUUUUACUUGGAAAAUGAAGAUAAUGUGCUAAAGCAAGAUUUUUCUGCUCCAACGUUGGAAGAUCAUUUUGACAAAACAAUUCUUCCAAAAGUCAUGCAAGUUAAAAAUUUUGGAAGAUGUGGACGAACAAAGUAUACACAUUUAGUGGACCAAGAUACAACAAAGUUUGAUUCUCCAUGGUUUACAGAUAGCACUGCAAAUGUUAAGUUUCAUACAGAGCGAGCCGGAGGAAUGAAACAGGUAUUUGAUCGUCCUUCAGCAUAUAAAAGAAAAAAUAAUCAAUGAAGAAUAAAACUUAUUUUAAUACAAUAAAAAAAUUUGGAUCGUUUUUGAAGUUCCAUUUAUAUCAAGUUUAUAUCAAAUA